AAGGAAGGGGGAAGCGGAGACGCGAAGGGGAAAGACGACGAGCAUGCCAUGUACGAGGUCUGGGCAGAAAGGGAUGCAACCACAGGCACGUACCGUCUCGUUAGAAUCGAUGGGGAGGAGCUCGCCACCUCGGAAGAGGCCUUGCGUUUGAUGCUCGACGCACCCGUCGUCGAGUACCAUAUCAACGGAUGGGGGAGUGGCCCGGGAGGCUUCCAGGCUCUCACUAAGGAGGCCGCAGCUCGUCCCGAACCGCUUCUUCGUCCGCUAAUAGAUGUUCUUAAUUUCUAUUUCUUCCAUCACCCGAACGAAACUCGGUAUCCGUUCGCUCUUGAGGCCCACGACCACAUAGGCGUGCUGAGCGGGCUCCUGGGUAGGCCCAGCACACCGCCUUUCCCUCGCGUUCACCAUAACACGCACACCGCCAAGACCGGUGACCCCCUCACUCUCAUUCGUGUCCAUAUCGAUCCACCGUAUCUCUGUUCAUUCGUGUUCGCCCCCGCAACUCGCAACGACAACAUCUCCGACUUCAUCGACUCCCUCGUCGCCACUCAAGCGUGGUUCCGUAUCGCUGACCCACCGUCCGAUCCUGACGGUGUUAUCCUUCGACCUCGCAACCGGCUGUCAGCAAUGGAUCACCUUAGUCGGGCGCUCGAUAUUUACUUCAUGGGAGAGGAGUGGGAGGAUGCAGAAGUUUGCUUGGAGGUGCAGGAGAUGGACGGCGAAGUUGAAUGGGAGAAACCGUCGUGGAUUAUGGACACCGACAUUUGGGUUAGGAAGAAUUCGGAGGAAGGAAAGGUUUACCGGGUGAGGUUGAGGGAAUUCAUCGAGGAGUACCCCCUCUCGGACUCGGACGAUGACCUCGUCCGAGGAAGGGAACGUAAUGUGUUCGAGGAGGCGUUCAAGCAGACGGUAGAGGAGGUUCAGCGAGGGAGGCGUCGUGAACGGACGGUGGGAGUGAGCACGACGGAGCGAGAAGACAGUGGAGGAUUCACGAGGUUGAUGGAGAUGACGAUGCGCGAGCUCGAGGAGGAAUCGACGAGUGAGGAGACGUCUACGCCCUCGCUCGAGACAAUCUCCAAUUCAGAUUACGCGGAAUCUUCGGAGAGCGCACCCACGAGCUUCUCGUCGGACUCGCAUCUCGACGCGUUAGCUGCGCAGCUCGCCCCGCGCUACCCGGAACUCAUCGAUCCAGGGAUGUUCCCCAGUAACGAAACGGACGCGCCCGGCCUUCCGGAGGUAGAGAGGCUCAUCAUGCUCACGCAGCGCGCCAUGCCCCUCAUUGAAGCCCUCACUCGCCCACAACCCGACAAGACGACUUCGGACGACGCUAAUGCCCUGCCUACUCCUCCCGAAUCAGUAAACGGGGAGCAAACGAACGCGACCGUGGUCCCUCCGUUCGGUGUAUCCACCUACGGAGUUUCGCACUAUCUCCCCGAUCGGUUCGUGAAGACGGAGUUGCGGGAGGAAGAGGUGGACGAAGCGGGUGCGCGGAUUAGCCGGGGGAAGAAUGCGGAGGUCUUAGAAUUUUUGGAAGGACGUACCGCGGAGAGGUUACGAGGCGGGAGAGCAUCGUCGGAAAACAGUGUCGAGGUGGAGGUAGUGGAGACAAUGAUGAGGGAGAAGGAAGUAGGGGUGAAGCAGAGCAGGAGGACGGUGAGCUGGAUGGAUGAGAGCUCCGCGAUCAGCGGUUGGGACGUCUACGGGUUCCCUGCAAACGAUCGCCCCGGCUCUUCCAAGACCGUCCCUGAAACCGACGACUGGUACGCACCUCCGCGAACGCACGUGUACUACCUCGAGAAGCCCAAGGUACUUCCGUACGCGCUGGCACCGCUGUUCGAUCAGGACGCCUAUUGGGUGGACGAGGAUGUCGACCAGGUAUUGGCGGCGCAGAAGGAAUACUGGGAUGCGGGUGUGGUACGGUGCCGGAUUCGGAAGGUAACGGAGGUGGAGUGUUCGAGGUUCGAGGCAACGGAGUGGAAGCCGUUGGCGGAUUAUUGGUGUGGGGUAGAAGCUGCGUACGAUAAGGAUGUGGUGGAUAUGACGGGGGUGGAGGAGGCACGGCGCCCGAGCGUUCCGGUAGCCCACUUCCCGACCUAUACGCAGUCCCGCCUUUUUAAUCCGCACUACCUCCAGGAGACGUCGCUCGGCGCGCAUCGCGCUGCCCACCUGCUCGAACAUCACGCUCGUAGGUCGGACCUCGCCGUUUACCCUCAGUUCCCCGUCAUCACCAACCCCCGAGCCCCUUUCAACGUCAACUGGGUCGCUUACCUGUAUCUCCGCCAACUUCACAAGUACCGGUAUGAGAAAUUCGUCGCGAGUCUUUCAAGGAAGGAGUGGCAGGAUAUGGAGAGCUACGGCGAAGGGCUGAUCGGAAGGGGGGAUAGGUUCGAGACGUACGCGGACCUCGAGGAUUACUUACAGGGCAAGAACCCGUUCUUUCGCGCCGAAGAAAAACGCGAUCUCUUCUUUUAUGUCGAGUAUCUCAUGCACCAAAAGGUCCGUACUCUCGCGCACAUCGUCAAUUACAUUCUCUCUGUCGAGGUCGGCGAUGCCGCCCUCAUCCGCUACCUCAACGACCGAGGAUUUUUCGACGGAGAUGCCAAACUCGAGUCCUUCGGGACCGUCACUGGUCACUCUGCUUAGUCAUUACCU